CUUAACAGACACAGCGAAGUAAAUCAUUUCUAGGGUUUUAUUCUCUCCUUCACCACAAUCAAACAAACAUUGCCCCAUAGUUGUCAUUCUUUGUUAUCUAAAAUCAAAAAAUUAGAUACUGAUUCCAUUUUCUUUCUCUGAAAAUUUCCGUUUUCUUACUAUAAACUGAGCCAAGAUGCAGGGGUCUUCAGAUAGGGGUCCCGCCGAUUUGAAUCAGCUCCAAGCCACAAUGCAAGCAAUAGAAAUCGCUUGCUCCUCGAUUCAGCAGAUGCAUGUGAAUCCAGCAGCAGCUGAGGCAACUAUUUUAUCAUUAUGCCAAUCUCCUCAGCCAUAUCAGGCAUGCCAAUUCAUUCUUGAGAAUUCUCAAGUGGCAAAUGCAAGGUUUCAAGCUGCUGCAGCAAUUCGGGAUGCAGCUAUUAGAGAAUGGGGCCUUCUUACAUCUGAUGACAAGAAAAGCUUGAUUAGUUUUUGUUUGUGUUUUGUAAUGCAACAUGCCAGUUCUCCUGAGGGCUAUGUCCAAUCAAAGGUUUCUUCUGUUGCUGCUCAAUUGAUGAAAAGGGGUUGGCUAGACUUUGCAGCUGCUGAGAAGGAGGCAUUCAUGUAUGAGGUAAAACAGGCUGUGCUUGGCGUUCAUGGUGUAGAUGUGCAGUUCACAGGAAUCAAUUUCCUUGAAUCUUUGGUAUCUGAAUUUUCUCCAUCUACUUCAACUGCCAUGGGCCUUCCUAGGGAGUUUCAUGAGAAGUGCCUAAAAUUGUUAGAACUAGAGUAUUUGAAGACAUUCUACUGUUGGGCACAAGAUGCUGCUGUAAGUGUCACAAGUCGAAUAAUAGAAUCUCAUUCUGCUGUACCUGAGGUUAAAGUUUGUACUGCUGCAUUACGUCUCAUGCUUCAAAUCUUAAACUGGGAUUUCCGCUACAACACAAAUAUGGCUAAAGGCGCAAAACCGAGUAUGGAUGUUUUUAACGAUGGAGUUCGGCAUGAUAUUGCUUCACCUAAGAGAUCAGAGUGUAUCUUAGUGCAGCCGGGUCCUUCUUGGCGGGAUGUUUUGAUUUCAAAUGGUCAUAUUGGUUGGCUUUUGGGCUUAUAUGGGGCACUUAGGCAAAAGUUUUCAUGUGAAGGUUACUGGCUUGACUGCCCUGUUGCAGUGUCUGCAAGAAAGCUUAUUGUACAAUUUUGCUCCUUAACAGGAACCAUAUUUCCAUCUGCCAAUAUGCAAGAACAGCACCUUCUACAACUGCUAUCUGGAAUUAUACCGUGGAUCGAUCCUCCUCAUGCUGUUUCACAAGCUAUUGAAUGUGGAAAGAGUGAAAGUGAGAUGCUUGAUGGUUGCCGGGCAUUAUUAUCUAUGGCAACUGUGACUACUCCCACUGUGUUUGACCAACUCUUGAAAUCUGUAAGCCCUUUUGGCACUCUUACACUGCUAUCAACAUUGAUGUGUGAAGUGAUUAAAGUCCUAAUGGCGAAAAACACUGAAGAGGAGACGUGGAGUUGGAUGGCACGCGAUAUUUUAUUAGAUACGUGGACCACCCUUCUCAUACCAAUGCAUAGCAUAGGUGAGAAUGCUAGGUUUCCAUUAGAAGGAAUAAAUGCUGCAGCCAAUCUCUUUGCCUUGAUUGUAGAGGCUGAGCUAAGGGCUGCUUCUGCAUCAGCUUUCAAUGACGAUGAAGACUCUCAAUACCUUCAGGCUUCUAUUUCUGCCAUGGAUGAAAGGUUAAGCUCUUAUGCUCUUAUUGCAAGAGCUGCAAUUGACGUUGCGAUUCCUUUACUCACAAGACUGUUUACUGAGCGUUUUGCAUGGCUCCAUCAGGGCAAAGGCAUAACUGAUCCAACUGAAACUUUGGAAGAACUCUACUCAUUAUUACUGAUAACUGGACAUGUUCUCGCAGAUGAAGGAGAGGGAGAAACACCUUCGGUUCCAAUGGCUAUACAAACCCAUUUUGUGGACAUUGUAGAAACACAUAAACAUCCUGUUGUUGUACUUUCUAGUACAAUUAUAAGGUUUGCCGAGCAGAGUCUUGAUCAAGAAAUGAGAACGUCAGUUUUUAGUCCUCGACUUAUGGAGGCAGUUAUAUGGUUUCUUGCAAGAUGGUCUUCCACAUAUCUAAUGGUGCCUGAAGAAUGUAGAGAAGACAACUGCAAUUCAGGUUAUGAUCAUGAGAGCUGGCUUCGGUCACAACACUCCAGAAAAGCUUUGCUUAGUUUUUUUGGACAAUAUAAUCAGGGUAAACCUGUGCUUGAUGUUAUUGUUCGGAUCUCCAUGAUGACACUCAUUUCAUAUCCUGGCGAGAAGGAUUUGCAGGCACUUACUUGUUACCAGCUACUUCAUUCACUUGUCCGACGAAAGAAUGUUUGUACUCACCUUGUUGCAUUUGUGAGUCACAUAUCCACAUCUAUUUUCAAAAUGCAUGAAAGAUACUGCAGUUUGUAUGUAUAUGUUGAUACUGUUGAGACCAUAUUUGUGUUCUUUCAACACAGCUAUUUGAAGUUGGAUAUACUGUUGCUUUUCUUUCCAUAUUUCUUUUGUGCUACUUAUUGUUGAGGUAUAAAUUGAGAAACUUUUGGAAGAUUACUUUUACA